UAAAUAAUUAACACAUUAACUUCCGUAUUUCUGAGCCUGGGCUGCUUCCGUGUGUCAAGUUCCCCCCGCAGCUGCAGGAAGGUCCAUCGCCUCGGGCUACACUCUCCGCUGGUGACAAUGCGCGCGAUUCCCGAGGAGUUAGCGAGCCUCAUUUCAGACCUAGAAUAUUACCUCUCCGAUGGUUUAAAAGGGGAAACUUUAAGCAAAAAGGCCAAAGACAAGAGGGAAGCUUUAAUCAAACGAAUCAAAGAGGUCAAACUCGGUUUCCCACAUGAUUUCAAGGACAGAGUAGUUGGAGAUGACUCGGACUGUGAGGACGACGUUGACAGCAACAAUGACGGAGGGUCUCUGCAUUCUGAGCGCACAGACAAGGACGAUGAAGGCGGCGAUGGUGCCCAGCAGUCCCCACCUGUGGCGGCUCAGGACCUGUCUGUCUUUAAAGCAGGAUAUCUUGAGAAACGCAGAAAGGAUCACAGCUUUUUUGGCACCGAGUGGCAAAAGAGAUGGUGCGCUCUAAGCCACCACACGUUCUACUACUAUGGCAGCGAGAAAGACAAGCAGCAGAAGGGCGAAUUCAGCAUAGAUGGGUACACGGUCAAAAUGAACAACACCUUACGCAAAGACUCGAAGAAAGACUGCUGCUUUGAAAUUUCAGCUCCAGACAAGCGAGUCUAUCAGUUUUGUGCGUCAUCAACCAAAGAGGCGGAGGACUGGGUGAAAGAGAUAGACUUUGUCUUGAAAGAUAUGAGUGGCGUCAUUCCAGAGGAAGACGACGACGAUCAGGAAAUGUACGAUGACGUUGGAAACAGUGAGCCAAUUGACGAAGAUAUCUACGAAGUGCUCCCAGAGGAAGAAGAGCCCACUCCAGCAAAGGCUCCACCAAAAGUCGAGCCAGGGAGCAAACCUCCUCUUCCCCCUCCUGCUGCUGCUACUACUGCAGUCGACAAGAGCACCGACUACCAGAACUUCUACCAGGGAUUAUGGGACUGUACAGGGGACCACCCAGAUGAGCUGUCCUUCAAACGUGGAGAUGCCGUCUACAUCCUGAGCAAGGAGUACCAGAGCUUUGGCUGGUGGGUUGGGGAGAAGAAUGGAGCUAUAGGCAUUGUGCCCAGAGACUACCUGACGGAGCUGUAUGUUCUGUGAACGGUUUAUUCUUCUGCUUGUUUGCCUAGUUUAAUAAACCAUCUGUAUUAUCAUUGAUACUUUUCCAGAACAUUCCACCCAUGUCCACUGCAAAAGACAGAUGAGUCGAUGAUUCUUGUGAAUGUAAUACAUUUGUAGUAUUUUUCUAAACCAUAUGCUCCUUGCAUCGCUGGGUUAUAUUUAUUUUCUGUUCACCGGGCAAUGUUUGAUACCCUUUCAUGCACUGCUUUUGGCAAAAAAAUAAUAAAGAUUUAAACACA